UGUAAGGGAGCGUUGGCGUUCCAGUGUGUGAAUAAGGUGGAUAGAUUUCGAAAAUGUGUACUCCAAAGCCGUUUGUAUGUAACCGUUCUCAUAAUGGAAUCUACCAUAAGCCAACAGCUUGACAUUUCGCUUAAGCAAAGUGGUUUCUCGAGAGGGAGGAAUGGACUAAUGCAGAUGAAUUACAUUCAGCUGAUAUUUAUAUCCGGCCCUAGCUGGCUAGCUGACGCGGCAAAGGUGAUGUAACACCAGCGAGACCAUAUCGGCCUGAAGAUGCCACGCUUAUGGACAGGAGUAUUGAUGGGUGCCUACCUUGCAAUACUUUGCAAGAACGAAGAUGUGAACAUCGUUGAUGAAGAAUUUUUCUUCCGUGACACCCAAUAUGGUCAGAUCAGAGGCGCUGUUAAAUCUGUACUGGGCUCCAAGAAGGUUGAACGAUACCUCAGCAUUCCUUAUGCAGCUCCCCCCGUUGGAGAACUCCGAUUUGAGAAACCCGAGGCACCUGCUAAAUGGGAAGGAACACGAGAUGCAUUACUUACCCCUCCCUCAUGCCCCCAGAGUAGUAAUUACUGGUUCUAUGUACAUCUACAUACUCCUUACUUCACUCACAGCGAUGAAGACUGCCUGUACAUGAAUGUAUACGUUCCACAGACAGGUGCUGCUGAUGGCAAGAUGGCUGUGCUUGUACACAUUCAUGGCGGUUCAAACGAAUAUGGAAUGGGAGCCAUGUUUGACGGAGAUGUCUUGGCAGCGCAGGGAGAAAUCAUUGUUGUUAAUUUCAAUUACAGACUUGCAAGUCUUGGCUUUCUCAGUGCUGGGCCAGAGUUUCCUGGUAACUAUGGACUCAUGGAUCAGGCUGCAGCACUAAAAUGGGUUUCCAGGAACAUCCACUUCUUCGGAGGUGACCCAACAAAGGUUGCCAUAGAAGGUCACAGUGCAGGCGCCGGGGAUGUUGGCUUUCAUAUCUUGUCGCCAUUGUCGAAAGGUUUUUUCCGCUACGCCAUAAUGCAGAGCGGAUCUCCGACAGCCGACUGGGCUUUGCUUCAAGACACUAACACAGCUAUAUCCAGUGCCACAGAGUUUGGUGAGAAGCUCGGUUGUUACACUUCCAAGGAUAUGUACAAACUCAAGCAAUGUCUUAAGACGAAACCCUGGCAAUCCAUCAUGAGGAUAAGGUAUGCGUACGCUCCGGGGAAAUUCUGCAUGUCUCCUGUUGUUGAUGGACUGUUUAUACAAAACAAUACCACAAAACUGUUAAAAGAGGCUGAGUUAAACGGUGAAGCCUUCAUGGCGGGGAUUACUAAUAAUGAGGGUACUAUGUGGAUGCAAGGUAGGGAAAAUGUAGAGCUUACACCUCGCAAUUUGGGAAUAUCCAUUGGAGACACCAACAACCAAGUCGUAAAAUCCAAUCUCGUUAUUCACGAGUACAGACCGUGGGAUGACCGCGACAACAACGCAGCCAACGUCACUGCUAUUGCAAACAUUUUAGGUGACUCGAUAAUUGUUGCCCCCGUCGUAGAUGUCGCCAAGCGCCUUAGUUACAGGACGGACCGUCUCUACUUCUAUUCCUUCGACUAUCAUUCACCUGCCUCUACGGCACCAAAAUGGAUGGGUGUCCCCCAUGGGAGAGAUCUGUUCUACCUGUUCGGUUGUCCUUUCUCUGGGCAUCCCCUGUACAACUAUACCGAGGAAGAUCGACAGGUCAGCAAAGUCUUCAUGAACAUGUGGACCAACUUUGUGAAGACAGGAAAACCAUCUUCAACUGUUGGAGCUGAUCAGAUAUUCUUCGAACACUUUGAAAGCCAAAACCAAACAUACAUGAAAAUCAACGGAGUGGAUGGAAACGGUACAAUAACUGUGGCGUAUAAACCUCGUCCCCGACAGGUAGAAUUUUGGAAUUCUAUACUCCCCCAGUUGGACUAUCAGACGCAGAAAAUAAGUGCAGAGUAUGGAACAUUGACAUGGGGCUUGGUUGCAUUAAGCGUCACACUGUUUGUAUGUAUGGCUGCAAUUGUUAUAUUUCUGAUAUGUAGACGAAGACACUAGCAGGUAUCCAUUGUGCAUCAUGUAACACAUACGGCGUAGUAAGCUGUGAAAGGUCUAGAGGUUGCAUUAUAAGUCGUCUUGUUGAAAUAUAAUGUAAUAACAAAUAAGAAAUAUCGUAAUGAUACUGCAGCAUAAAUAUUGUUCUAUGGUCAACGUAAAUGUUUCCCCCCAAAAUACGUUCUUUCCAUUGUAAUAUUAAGAACAUGGAAUUAAACGAUUGAACCACACAGUCGAAUGGUAUUUUAUUGAGGAAUCGAAUCAGUGUUUAUGUUUGUCUUUAUUUGAAACCUGUUACUGGGUACUCAAUAAAGUAUAUUUAAGUCAGACAGUCGUUUUACGUACGUACGCACGCAAAUAUCCAGUAUUUCAUAUCUCAUUCUUGUGUGAUAUACAAAACCAAAAAGUUAGGAAUCAUACAUAUUUAUGAAGGAUAUUUUAUGAAUAUGCCUCAGUCUGAUUGCAAAAGAACACCCAUAAAAUAUUCAUGAUACCUGAUUUUUUGUUCUGUAUAUAUACCCCUAACCCUUUCGCUACCAUUCCCUUAACAUGCUUGCCGUAAGAGGCUACAAACGGGAUCGGGUGGUCAGGCUCGCUGACUUGAUUGAUGCAUGUCAUCGUAUUUCAAUUACGUUGAUCGAUGCUCAUGAUGUCAAUUACUGGAUUGUCUGGUCCAGACUCGAUUAUUUACAGACCGCCGUCAUAUUGCUGGAAUUUGGCUGAGUGUGGCGUUAAACACAAAACAAAAACAAAAUACUGAGGAAAACAUUAUUUCCAGCUGAAAGAGCAUACACACCAGAUUUCAGAUUCAAUUAAAAACAUCAAGAGCUACGAUGUGAUUUGCGAACUGUCUUUGAGGGGAGGCAUUUUCAUUGCUAGUUUAUUUUAUAGCGAGAAAAAUUCAGUGCUAAGUAAGUGAUACGAGAGAUGGGGUGGUGACGUCACUUCCAAAACUAAGCGGUACUGGCGAAUGUCUAUGGCGAUAUGAAACACUGGAAAAUGGACGGUGUAUAUAGUUAUGCAUUGUAUGAAGUGUAAUUGUAAUGUAAAGAAUAGUUGAAAUGAGUGAAUGAGUGAGUAAGUGGGGUUUUACGCCGGUUUUGGCAAUAUUCUCGCAAUAUCACGGUUUGGAGGUGGCACAGUGUACCCACGUGAUCAUUCAAACCCGGGCCUUCGGCACGAUGAUCGAACGCUUUAGCCACUUGGCUACCCCACAGCCCUAGUUGAAAUGAAAAUCUUUGCAAAUUAAUGUUGUCUUUUUGAUUAUGCAUUAUUUAUUUUGUCAAAUGUGUGUGCAGGGUGUGUGUAGGUUUCAUAUGAUAAUGUCUCAUAUUUUUGUUUUCUUGUGGGGUUUGUCCUAGCAAGUUUAUCUUAUGGAAACAACGAUUAUGAAAAUAUGUUUACUAUGUUUUAAAUGAGAGCGAUCAUGUUUACUGGAAUAUAUAAGUAUUAAAUACAUAGCUGUUAAAAGGUUCAGCCGCGUAUUCUACUUUUUAGGUUUCCAAUAAAAUGUUUCCAUUGUACAUUUAAAGUUUGUUUGCACUGAAUUUUGAAUACUGUAUAUAUAUAUAUAUAUAUAUAUAUA